AUGGAAGGGAUGAAAGAUAAAAUCGACCAACUCACGCAUACCAUCACUAGUAUGAUGGCAAGAGAGGUUGAGGCUGACAAAAGGAAGGUUGCUUCCGCAUCUACCCCUCCACCUGUGGAUGUUCUGCAAGAAAACUACGUGAAUUUGAGCCAACAAUAUGAGGAUGAAAAUCAUAGCGGUAUGGUCCAAGAAAGUAAACCAGCUGCUCACCCUGCUGCCACUAUUGGGGAAACGAGAGCUGAAGACAAAUACAAAACCUUAGAAGAAAGGUUGAAGGUAGUUAAAGGUUUCAAUAUCUUUGGACUUGAUGUUAUGGGGAUGUGCUUAGUAUCAGAUGUAGUUAUAUCUCCAAAGUUUAAAACUCCAGAAUUUGAGAAAUACAAGGGUGUCAAUCUACCUAAGAAUCAUCUUAGGAUGUUUGUCAGAAAGAUGGUUGCCUAUGCAGCAAAUGAGAAAUUGAUGAUGCAUAGUUUCCAGGACAGUCUAAGUGGGGAAUCCCUGGAUUGGUACAUGCAGUUGGAGGGAGCCCAUAUAAAAACUUGGGAGGAUCUAGCUAAUUCCUUCCUGAGACAAUACAAGUAUAACUUGGACAUGGCUCUCAAUCGCAUGCAAUUCCAGAAUCUGUCACAAAAGGGGAACAAAUUAUUUAAGGAGUAUGCCCAAAGAUGGAGGGAACUGGCCUCCCGUGUGCAACCUUCGCUGUUGGAGAGUGAAUUAGUGGAUAUGUUCACGGACACUUUACAAGGCCUAUACUACAAAAAUAUGAUAGGGUCAAUAUCAACGGGUUUUGCUGAUUUCGUGAUAAUUGGGGAGAUAAUCGAGAAUGGGUUGAAAAGGGGUAAGAUCAAAAAAUCAUCUUCUGGUCAACACAACAACAAAAAGUAUCCUAACAAUAGUAAUUCAAAGAAGGUUGAUGUCAAUGUUGUUACUAUUGAUGGAUAUUCCCAAGGGCCUUAUCCCUAUGUGGCUACGGUAAAUCCUAAUCAGUAUCCACAAUUGGCGUAUUUCAAGCAUCGAGAUCAACAACCUAUAUCACCACCUCCGUAG